AUGAAAUGCAAUAAAGUGUAGAAUGAAGAUUUGUAUGGGAUUUUGGUAUUAUCUAAUGCUAUUGAUGUAGUAGUCUUACCUACUCUUCUGAAAAUAUUGAAAAGAAAGAAAACUUAAGAUUGUCUAGAAUUUCUCUAAUAAAUUCAAAAUCAAUAGCAAUACGAAUAAGAAAUAAUAUUGGUAGAAGAGAUGCUAAAUGUUGGAAGGAAUGACAUCAAGAAGAUAACAAAUAUUCUAAAAAAAAUUAAGGAUCAUGAUUUUAAUGAACAGAAUUACUCAUUAGAUAAAUAUGAAGAAAUUAAAUAUGAUCUGAUCAAAAAAAUAUCCUAAGAUAAAAAUGUCAUAGAAUUACUCAGAUUUUUAGUUCAUCUUACAGCCUUGGAUGAGAGGUAUAUAUAGUGUGGAUCAAAUUCUCUUCAUUUAUUAAUUUAAAUAAAGGUUGAUUUGAAGAAAUAAAGUUUUGAAAAUAUUAGAAUUAGAAAUACUUCACUGUUAGGAGCAAAUUUAGCAAGGUGUGACUUAAGUGGGUCUGAAUUUGACAAUGUUCGAAUAAGUGGUAUGAAUUUGAAUGGAGCCAAAUUAUUUAAUUGUAAAUGGAAGAAUUUAGGUAUUAAUGAGGGAAUUAAGUUAAAUGGCCAUAGAGAUGAUGUCUAUUAGGUCUGCUUUUCUCCAGAUGGUAAGACAUUGGCUUCUUGUAGUGCUGAUAAAUCUAUUUGUUUGUGGAACAUGAAUACAAGAGAAAUUAAGUCCAUUUUAAAAGGAGAGGGUGGGUUAAUGUCAGUAUGUUUCUCUAAUAGCACCACAUUAGCUUUUGCCAGUGAUAAAAUUAUAUAUUUAUGGGAUCUUAAAAAAGGGAACUUAAAAUUUAAAUUAGCUGGUCAUACUUGUUAUAUUGAUUGUGUCUGUUUCUCUCCUGAUGGUAAUACAUUAGCAUCUGGAAGUGGUGAUAAUUCUAUCCUAUUAUGGGAUGUUAAGACAGGACAAUCAAAAAUCAAAUUAGUUGGUCAUGUAAGUUCAGUUUUAGCUGUGUGUUUCUCUCCUGAUGGUACUAUUUUAGCAUCUGGUAGUAAUUAAGAAAUUUUUUUAUGGGAUGUUAAGACAGGAUAACAAAAGGCCAAAUUAUAUGGUCAUACUAUGGAAGUAAUGUCAGUCUCUUUUUCUCCUGAUGGUACUACAUUAGCAUCCAGCAGUACUGAUAAUUCAAUCCGCUUAUGGGAUGUUAAGAUAGGAAAAUAAAAAGCCAAAUUAGAUGGACAUUUAAAUUGGGUUUAUUCAGUUCGUUUCUCUCCUGAUGGCACUACAUUAGCAUCUAGUAGUGCUGAUAAGUCUAUCCGUUUAUGGGAUGUCAAGAGAGGAUAAUUAAAAGCCAAAUUAGAUGGUCAUACUAGUGAAGUCGUGUCAGUAUGUUUCUCACCUGAUGGUAAUACAUUGGCAUCUGGUAGUUGGGAUAACUCUAUCCGGUUAUGGGAUGUUUAAAUAGGGUAAUAAAAAACCAAAUCAGAUGGUCAUUCACAUUAAGUUUACUAAAUUUGCUUUUCUCCUGAUGGUACUACAUUCGCAUCUGGUAGUAAGUCAGAAAUCUUUUUAUUGGAUGUUUAGACAGGAUAAUAGAAGAGCAAAUUUGAUGGUAUUACUAACGAUGUUAAAUCAAUCCAUUUCUCCUCUGAUAGAGCAACAUUAGCAUAUGGUAAUAAUAAGUCUAUCUGUUUAUGGGAUAUUAAGACAGGAUAAUAAAUAGCUAAAUUAGAUGGUCAUGAAAAUUUAGUUCUAUCAGUCUGUUUCUGUCCUGAUAGCACUACAUUAGCAUCUAGUAGCAAGGAUAAGUCUAUUCGUUUAUGGGAUAUUAAAACAGGAUUAUAAAAAGCUAAAUUUGAUGGUCAUACUAGGGAGGUCAUGUCAGUUAGUUUAUCUCCUGAUGGUACUACAUUAGCUUCUGGUAGUGCAGAUAAAUCAUCCGUUUAUGGGAUGUUAAGACAGGAUAAUAAAAAGCCAGAUUAGAUGGUCAUUCAAAUGAUGUUAAUUCAGUCUGUUUCUCUCCUGAAGGUACUCUAUUAGCAUCUGGUAGUUCAGAUAAGUCUAUUCGUUUAUGGGAUAUUCAGACAGGAUAAUAAAAUGGUAAAUUAGAUGGUCAUUCAAAUUCAGUUUUAAUAGACUGUUUCCCUACUUUUAAGGCUAAAUUUGGCUAUGGUAGAUUAGAUAACUCUGUCGGUUUAUGGGACGUUCAGACAGGACAAUAAAUUUUACCAUAGAAUAAUCGUUACAAAGAUAUUCUAGCGAACUUUUAAACCUAAAUAUUAAUAAACAAAGUUCUCCCCCAAAGUGGUAUUUAUUUUUCGCUAUGUGUAGUUAACUCUAAUAUUACUAUCCUUACAAUUUCCUAAAAUCUCAUUUUAGAAGCUUAAGGAGCUUAAAUCUUGAAAGGAGAAUUUGUAAAUUCUUAAGGUCUAGAUCUAAAGUCAUUAUUCAAAUCCAAAGGAAGCUGCAUUUUUGAAAGUUAAAAUUGA